AUUCUUCUUUGAUCUCAGCAUGGACACCUCCUCCUCCUCAUCCUUCUCAUCAUCUCCCAACGCUUCCUCCAGCAUUUUUGGUUCCUUCGACCUCGAAGCCGACGCCAACCCCUCCUUCCCCUACACACCUUCCCUUUCCGGCCGGCGGUGGAGGCCCAGGUUCUUCUGCAAGUCCAUCUCCACCGGCGGCGACGCCCACCACUUCCUUGACACCUGCUUUCUCUGCAAGAAGCCGAUCGCUGCCGGCGAUGAUAUCUUCAUGUACAGAGGGGACGCGCCGUUUUGCAGCGAGGAGUGCAGGGAGGAGCAGAUGGAGAUGGACGAGGCGUUGGAGAAUAACCGCAACAAGUUCUCUUCUUCUUCUAUGAGAAACUCUUCUUCUUCGUCGGCGUCGUCAACGAUAAAGCAUAAGCCAAGCCUCAUCAUCCGUCAAAACUCUCGGAACGUUCAUGCCAUGGUUGCUGGCUGCUAGUGUAUGUGUAACAAUGAGAGAGGGAGAUCAUAAAACAAGCAAGCUCACGUUUUAAGGGAUUCUCCUUUUUCAUCUUUUUUUCUUCUUUCUUUUUGUUUUUUGGUUUUUGUAUGGGACGAGGGAGCUUGAGUAAUCUGAUGUAAAGAAGAGUUUCCUAGAGUACUCCAGCAGUGGCCCAAGAGGCUUCUUCCACUUUACUUUAAGGGGAAAAAAAAAAAUUUGGAACUUGGGUUGGAGUUGUUCAUAGUGUUAUGUCGGAUGGUGGUUUUGUGAUGUAAAUUUUGCACAUCCAAAAGAGUUUAAUUA